AUGGCCGACGCCGAAAGCAUCAUCGCAGACGAGUUGUUUGCGCCGUCUGAAAACCCGGACGAGUCGGCAGCGCACAGCACGGUGAGCGCGACGGUCGGAAUCCGACGUCAGGCGAAUGGCACCAUCGGCUCUGUCUACUCGGGAAAUAAAAUCAGACACCUGAAGAAGGAGGAUGGCAUGCCGCUCUGGCGCAAGGAUAUCCAGUACCAGUUCCUCAAGCUUGUCUUCGAGGACAAGACGCCGGUCUUCACUCGCUGGUCCGACGGGAAGAAGAACCUGGACUUCGCUGAUAUUUAUAUCGAUGCGAUGGCCAAGAGCAGCAAGACGAGCAAGAUCCUCAAGGAUAAGCUGCAGAGUGACAAGCAAGCUGCCAUCAACAUGGCUAUGGUUUGUCUGCUUGUCAACUUUGGACGGAUGAAUACCACUCUCAACUUCUUCCCGGAAAUGCGCGCUCAGCUGCGGACGUAUCACUCCAUCCCUUCGUUGCAAGCACACCAGGACCCCAAUGCGUACAAGCAGCUUCAAGAUGCUCCCCGUCUCAAGUCAAUCCUCAAAGGCGCAUCGGAGGACAUCGACCAGCCUAAUAACCUCGAAAGAAUCAAGCGCUUUCCGGUUCCUCGGACGAAUCCCGUACACCUAAUCUUUGUCCUAGCACAGUUCGCUCCUAGAGUAUCGGAGCUCCACUUCUUCCCUCCUCGAGAUUUCUUCGAUCUCGUCAUGAGGUCGACCUUGAGCAGUAAAAGCCGUGCCAGAGCUUUUCUGUGGUUGAUGUGGUGGUAUCUGGAGAGCGAUUACUCGCGUGAAGCUGCCCUCAACAACCCGUUCGGCCCCGGUCAAGAUGGCGAAGGAACGGGGGGCCUACCGAUCAAAGUGCCCAACUUCGAAAGCCUCACGGAAGAGCAGGCCAACGAGGAAAACGUGGAUACCCCGUCUGAAAUCGAAUACGGGGAAGCGAAACGCCUGGAGCGUAAACGGAUACUGGAGGAAGAUGAGCCGCUCCCCAGGCCUCCGAAGCGUGCCAGAAAACCCCCAUUUGACUACUUAUACCAAGAUAGCCCGCCUGCCGCGGACGGUUCAAAAGCGAUUUCAGGUGCUCCCGAUUCCCUUUAUGGAGGAUUGGCCAAGCGUCCAGCGGAUGAAGACGACGGCUAUCUGACGCCAAGCCAGUCAUCUCGCUCUCAGUCCAAGCGGCCCAAACGAGAGUCUUCGCUCAACCGCUCAGUCGGUCAGCAGCGUCUGAUUCUCAAGACAAAGAUGGAACAGACCCCCGAUGCUUCGUCUCCAGCACCUCCUGGCUCGGGUCAUCCAAUCUUAAAUAGAUUUGUCACCGAGUCUACAAUUGGGCAGCCGGCCACGGCUCGCCGACCCCGGCCACUCACUCAGCACCAGUUGGCUGUUGAACAAAAUCGGCGCCAACGCAUUGAUUAUCUGCUGGCUAAGCGUCGAAAUGAGGCAUACCGGAUUCUCCGUGCGAAGCGGGAAAGUGAAAUUCCCUUUGCACGCUACGGCCGUCUGCUGCAAAGUCUCCCAGAUGGCUACGAUACAGAUGAUGAUGAAACCUCGUGGGGCAAAGGUGGUUUGAUUCCUCACCACACGGAGGAGGAGGAUUUCGGCGAAAGUGCGAGCUACGUCUUGUCUGUGAUCCGCAAGACCUCCAGACGGCUGGAUCGCUGGGAUUACGAGAAUGCCAAUGGUCCGAAGAGAGACAGAAAGAAGGAGCGGGAAGAGCGCCAGAAAGCAAAACAGGAUGGAUAUGCCAUGGAUGCCCUGGACAUGAGCGGCCGCGCCUCGAUGUCGGCCCGCAGCCGGGCUCGCGCUGCACGUAAUGCCAGACGGAAGCUCGCGGAGGCGCAAGCGGCUGGAGCCGCUGCUGCUGCGGGUGCAACAGGUGAAGACGCCUCCAAGGGGAAGACUGCCCCGGCCUCCCGUUCCAAGAGCAGCCGAAGUCGUCCCAGUCGUGCCGCUGGAGCCACGGCGGGCUCUGCCAAGGAUCACCUUGAUGUUCCCUCUCGCGACCGGGAGCUAUCGCCUCUACCUCCUUCCCGUUUGGGCGACGAGGAUGUUGAUCUCGACGGCGAUGCUCUCGAUGAUCUCGAUCGUGAACUACUCGGCGAAGGAAGCGACGAUGAGGACGAUGUGGCUGAUCAUGGUGAUCGGUCGUCGCGCCCCGGCGGACCUGGCUACGAGGAUAGUUUCGUCGGUGAAGGUGCGGGUGUGGAUGACGACGCAGAAGGGCUCUCCUCUGACGAAGACGUUGACGAUGAGGAUCUGGACGGAGGUGUCGACAUGGACGGGGAAGGGGAUGACAAUUCGUCCAUUCUCGAGGGCGGAAAUGGGUACGCUGGCAGCGAGACCUCCUCCAUCGCCGGCGACACCACGGCUAUCAUGAAUGAUGGCCCUGAACUGUAA